UUCCACAGGCUGCUGGUGAAGGCCCAAGAUGCAGGCAGCCUCCAUCCUUCACAGUGGCUACUUCCACCCCGUGCUGCGCUCCUGGCAGUGCACCACGACUGCCUUCGAUGCCUCCAACCUCAUCUACCCCAUUUUCGUCACCGACAGCCCUGAUGCAGUGGAGCCUAUCCCCAGCCUCCCUGGACAAGCCAGGUAUGGAGUCAACAGGCUGGAGGAGAUGCUGAGUCCCCUGGUCGGGGAUGGCCUGAAGUGUGUGCUCAUCUUCGGGGUGCCCAGCAAGGUCCCCAAGGAUGAGAGAGGCUCUGCUGCUGAUGCAGAGGACUCCCCUGCCAUCCAGGCCGUCAGGAAGAUCUGCUCCACCUUCCCGGAGCUGCUCAUCGCCUGUGAUGUCUGCCUGUGCCCCUACACCUCCCACGGCCACUGCGGCAUCCUGAGGGCAGAUGGCAGCAUCCAGAACGAGCUCAGCUGCCAGCGGCUGGCAGAGGUGGCCCUGGCCUACGCCCGAGCAGGCUGCCACGUCGUUGCCCCCUCGGACAUGAUGGACGGCCGCAUCGCUGCCAUCAGGAGGGCUCUGGCCUCCAGUGACCUGGGCAACAAGGUCUCAGUGAUGAGCUACAGUGCCAAGUUUGCUUCCUGCUUCUAUGGGCCCUUCAGGGAUGCUGCUCAGUCCAAGCCUGCCUUCGGAGACCGGCGAUGCUACCAGCUGCCCCCCGGCGCCAGGGGCCUGGCCCUGCGGGCUGUGGACCGGGACGUGCAGGAGGGAGCAGACAUGCUGAUGGUGAAGCCGGGGAUGCCCUACCUGGACCUCGUGAGGGACGUCAAGGCCCGACACCCCACGCACCCGCUGGCCGUGUACCACGUCUCGGGGGAGUUCGCCAUGCUGUGGCACGGGGCCCAGGCCGGGGCCUUCAGCCUGGAGACCGCAGUCAGGGAGGCGAUGACGGCCUUCAGGCGCGCAGGGGCAGACAUCAUCAUCACCUACUUCACGCCGCAGCUCCUGCGCUGGCUCCGGCAGGAGGCGGCGGCGGCGGCGGGGCGGGCCUGA